AAGCAAAUCUCGCGAGACCGGACGAGGGGAUAAGUUAAGGAAACAUGGCGACGUCUAAUUUGUUAAAGAACAAAGGUUCCCUCCAGUUUGAGGACAAGUGGGAUCUUAUGCGUCCCAUUGUCCUGAAGUUGCUUCGUCAAGAGUCUGUAACUAAGCAGCAGUGGUUCGAUCAGUUCUCAGAUGUUCAUGCAGUUUGUCUAUGGGAUGACAAAGGACCGGCAAAGAUCCAUCAGGCCCUCAAGGAGGACAUCUUAGAUUUUAUUAAGCAAGCUCAAGCGCGAGUGCUCAGUCACCAAGAUGACACGGCGCUUCUCAAGGCUUACAUCGUGGAGUGGAGGAAGUUCUUCACACAGUGUGACAUUCUGCCCAAGCCCUUUUGCCAGCUGGAGAUCACUCUGAUGGGCAAACAGGGCAGCAGCAAGAAGUCCAAUGUGGAGGAUAGCAUUGUUAGGAAGCUGAUGCUGGACACUUGGAACGAGUCUAUAUUCUCCAACAUCAAGAAUAGAUUGCAGGAUAGUGCCAUGAAGUUGGUACAUGCUGAACGGCUGGGAGAGGCGUUUGAUUCGCAGUUGGUCAUUGGGGUCAGAGAGUCAUAUGUGAACCUGUGCUCCAAUCCUGAAGAUAAACUGCAGAUCUACAGGGAUAACUUUGAGAAGUCAUACCUAGACUCCACUGAGAGGUUCUACAGGACCCAAGCACCGUCCUAUCUGCAGCAGAACGGAGUACAAAACUACAUGAAAUAUGCAGACGCUAAGUUAAGGGAAGAGGAGAAACGUGCACUACGAUAUUUAGAGACACGACGUGAAUGUAACUCUGUACAAGCACUUAUGGAAUGUUGUGUGAAUGCACUGGUAACGUCAUUUAAAGAAACUAUCUUAGCUGAAUGUCCAGGCAUGAUCAAAAGAAACGAGACUGACAAGCUGCACCUCAUGUUCUCUCUCAUGGAUAAAGUGCCCAAUGGGAUUGAGCCCAUGCUGAAAGACCUAGAGGAGCACAUCAUCAGUGCUGGACUCGCAGACAUGGUGGCCGCUGCCGAGACCAUCACAACUGAUUCUGAGAAGUAUGUGGAGCAGCUCCUGACUCUGUUCAAUCGAUUUAGUAAAUUAGUGAAGGAAGCCUUCCAGGAUGAUCCUCGCUUCCUGACAGCUAGAGAUAAAGCAUAUAAAGCAGUUGUGAAUGAUGCCACAAUAUUUAAGUUGGAGCUGCCAAUGAAACAGAAGGGAGUGGGCCUUAAAACACAACCAGAGUCAAAGUGUCCGGAGCUGCUUGCUAACUAUUGCGACAUGCUGCUAAGAAAGACGCCACUCAGCAAAAAGCUGACCUCAGAGGACAUCGAGCUCAAACUAAAGGAAGUGCUACUAGUGCUUAAAUACGUCCAGAAUAAGGAUGUGUUUAUGAGGUACCACAAAGCUCACCUGACCAGACGUCUGAUUCUGGACAUCUCAGCUGACAGUGAGAUCGAGGAGAACAUGGUCGAGUGGCUCAGGGAAGUUGGGAUGCCUGCUGACUAUGUGAACAAGCUGGCUCGGAUGUUUCAGGACAUCAAAGUGUCUGAAGAUCUUAAUCAGGUUUUCAAGGAGAUGCACAAACACAACAAGCUGGCUUUACCAGCGGACUCUGUAAACAUCAAGAUCUUGAAUGCUGGAGCGUGGUCACGCAGCUCAGAAAAAGUGUUCGUGUCUCUGCCCACUGAGCUGGAAGACCUCAUCCCUGAGGUGGAGGACUUCUACAAGAAAAACCACAGCGGCCGCAAACUCCACUGGCAUCACCUCAUGUCCAAUGGCAUUAUCACGUUCAAGAAUGAAGUAGGGCAGUAUGACCUGGAGGUCACAACCUUUCAGCUGGCUGUACUUUUUGCCUGGAACCAAAGACCACGAGAGAAGAUCAGCUUUGAGAAUCUGAAACUUGCCACUGAGCUGCCUGACGCUGAGCUGAGGAGAACUCUCUGGUCUCUUGUUGCCUUUCCAAAGCUCAAACGCCAAGUGCUGUUAUAUGAACCUCAAGUGAGCUCUCCCAAAGACUUCACGGACAGUACAUUGUUUUUUGUUAACCAGGAAUUCUCCUUGAUAAAAAACUCCAAGGCUCAAAAGAGGGGAAAGAUAAACCUUAUUGGCCGAUUGCAGCUAACAACAGAGCGAAUGAGAGAGGAGGAGAAUGAAGGCAUCGUCCAGCUUAGAAUAUUAAGAACACAGGAGGCCAUCAUUCAGAUCAUGAAGAUGCGCAAGAAGAUCACAAACGCUCAGCUGCAGACCGAACUGGUGGAGAUCCUGAAGAACAUGUUCCUUCCUCAGAAGAAAAUGAUCAAGGAGCAGAUUGAGUGGCUCAUCGAGCAUAAGUACAUCAAGAGAGACGAGACGGACAUUAACACUUUCAUCUACAUGGCGUAGCGCGGAAACGACUCUGGAGGAGAUCCGUAAGCGUUCGAGAGGACGACGCUCCUGUCGACGAUCAGCAGCGGGGAGGGAUGGUGAUCUCCAACUUACUGCUUAGGCUGCUGGUCUGGUGGCGUAGUCACGAGCUUGUUUUAACAACAGACAGUCACACAUCAGAUUUAAAAAAUGUAUUUAAAAAAUUAAAUCCCUGCCUUACCUUACAGUCAAGACACAUGGGAUGAGGAUAGGAGAUAAAAAAAAUAGGAAAAAAAAGACAAAAGGAUUCUAUUUUUGCCAUUGGUAGUCAGUAUGCAUGGUGGGCGGUUUGCCCUUUUGUGUGUACAUCUCCAGCAGCAUGCGGUCAGUGGGAAUGUCACAUUCAUCCGAGGACUUGUUUGUGUGUGCCGUGUUACGAGUGUUUUUUUCCCCUUUCCCCAACAUCCUUCCCCCUGGAGCCCGACGCACAGCCCAGAAUGAGAGCUGCAAACACCUGGUGCAUGCCGACACUGAAAAGCACGGGCCGGUAGAGAGGACUAGCAUUAGCACUUUCUCACUCUCACCACAAUACGUCAGCAUGGCUUUAUUUGGGUUGUUUUUAAACUACUUGGUUUUUGUUGACUUUUUUCUGUCAAAAAUUUGCCGCCAUCCUUAAGCUAUAAAAGAGGCUGAUGUGACUGGUUACUUUUGGUGAGACUUGGCAACAGUUCAGAAGUCACAAAUGGUCAAGCUCUGCUAGCAGACUUCUGUGGGCAGAGAUCUGGCAGAUUUCAAUGGGUUUUUUUUAGGUGGGGGGUGUGCUUGCAUUAUCAGUAUGCACCAAAUCAGAAGGUCAGUUGUCAGUUUUCUUUUUAGCUAAACUUUUUUUCCGUUAACAAUCUCAAACAGUGACUGAAUUGCAGACAGAUUUAUUUUGAGGGUCUGGUAUAAGGUGGCCCUACUAACGUCCUGUAACGUAUGUUGAAUUUUAGACAAACUCUAGUUAAUUCUCAUGACAAACACAAGUGGUAAAGCACAGGAGUCUGAGUAAAGCAAGCUGCGCUCCAACCUCAGGUAAAGUAGGGCAGUUAUUUUAAGAGCAGGGUGAGCUAACUUUCAUUAGCGCCUCACGGUUUUUGCUAAUCACAUAUUGCCAAAGCAAAGCACAAGAGUGCUGGUCUCAAAAUCAAAUAACGUACUAUAGUGAUUGUGUUCCCUUUGUUUCCGAGGUCGCCCUGAGAAAGCCUCAUCAGUUUCCGCCAACCACAUCUAGUGGAAAAAAGGAUGCCUGGCCUUUUAUUUUAACCCUAUUAUGAACAAAAGCUUGUGCAAUUACUGAUCAGCUGUUUAUUAAUAUUAACAUUGUGAAAACAAAAAGUAUUAUUUUCCAGGCGGAUUACAAAUAUUAUGUGUGUCUGGUCAGUAGUUUUGAAUUACGGUUAAAGUCAGACAUCAGUUUGUUCACCGCUUGCGUCAUCUAUACAGAAAAGAAGCCAUGUUCACUGGCUGGUGCCAUCUAGAUUUGAUUGUAUAUUCACAUCCAAACACAAAACACGUCAUCUAAAAAAGAUCUGCGUUUGCGUCCCAAUGUAACUGCUGUCCAUCUUAACUAUCACGUUUUCUGUCAGUCAUGUCCAUUUUCUUUGUUUUUAAUGCAGUCAAGUCACUAAUAUGUCUGUUUUCACACGGUAACUGCAAAUAGUGGGAAGGAUUGUACUGCAAAGGCUUUCUUUAUAAGAUCCAGAUGUACAACAGUGUUUAAGAACAUUGUGUUACUUGAUUGUCCACUUUAUUUAUUGAUAACUUAAGCAUGUUUGAGAGAAUGAGUGUGCGUGUGUGUGUGUGUAUAUGUAUGUAUGUAUGUAUGUGUGUGUGUGCGCUUAAGAGCCUUUUACAACAGGGUGCUGUCAUAUCCUGUUACGUUUAUGCAUUUUCAUUUUUGGAAUUUAAAAUGGAUGUUUCUGCUGACUGUAUGUUUUCCUCUAUCAAUUUCUCUAAGGUAAAUACAUAUAAUUUUAUUAAAACAAGCACUAUGAUUUUCAUAUUUAUCAAUCACAGUUGGAUUUGUUUGUGUGUGUGCUUGUUUCAUUCUGAAGCCAAUUGUUUAUUUUUUUUCUUUUGAAUGCAGUCCCAAAACUGAGAUUUCAGUUCAUUGUAGUGGAAGAUGAUGGAAUUGAAUAAAAGAAAUGGUGUGAAUGACUUUACACAAGGAAAUGCUACAUGAAAUUAUGAAUACUUAUCGUUUGCGAUUGGUUUUUCUCUGAUGCACAUGAAAUGUUCCUGUAAGUAGAGUCUGUGUGCACAUCUUUCAGUGGUAUAAUGCAAUAAGUGAGCGUGAAACAAGAUCUUUGAAAUCUGUUGAUGGAAUUUUCUCUAAUAAAGUUGCGUACACGUAUGAGCA